AUGGUAGAUGCGAGUGAAAAAUAUGGUGAGGGACAACAAAUGAUGACGGCGGCAGAACCGAUUGCUGCUGGUGAAAAAAUCUGGUGGUGUACAUGUGGCGAUGAUGAUUAUAUGAUGUCUCGGGAUGAGAUUUAUCAUUUAAUGGAAACUCAACCACACUUGAAAAAUUUUCUCUGUUGGUAUUCAUACAUGACUGAGGAUGAUAUGUAUAUGAUUCCUCGAACAUUUGCUGCUCAACAAAACAACGAUGAGUGUGUUUUGUUUAAUCAUUCAUGUGAACCCAACUGUGGAUUUGAUACCGGGGAUGGAAAUACAAUUGUUGCUAGUCGUGAUAUAGCCGUCGGUGAAGAAUUAACCUACGAUUAUCAUUUUCUUGAAACAGAACCAUCUUUAAUCCGCGGCUUAGAAUGCAAGUGUGAAACACCAUCGUGUGUCGGAAGACUUAUGUUUGAUCGUUAUCGUGAUGAAGAAUUUCAAAAACGACACUACGACCAUAUGUCACCAUAUUUACAAGCACGUGUGCGUGAGUUGAAAACCAAAUGGUACUCGACAAAAUGUUUCACACGCUCAGCAACACCAACAAAAGCGAAAUCAUUACAUGCACUGGAAUGGAUCCAUGCUGGUGAAGUCGUUGCACGCUUUUCAGGUGCAAUCGCACCUGAAAACCAUUUCAUUCAAGCAGCUAAUGAAACAGAUGCGACAUGCGUGGUGGAUGAAUAUAAACAAGUGAUUGCUCUAUGUGAUUUACCACCAGAAGCAGAAAUCACAUUAAACUAUCAUGGAAAGCUGUUGUAA